CGGUUUUGUACUGCAGAUGAGUCCGUGGGUGAGAAGGAUGAACUCAGGGAAUGGCACAAAGAAGAAAGUCUGCAGGCAGCAACGGCAGCAGCGUCAAGUGAAUGACAUGGUCGCUUGUGAUGCUGAUACACUGACUGAGAUUAAAGGUCUAUUCAGUAAAUUUAGAACCUAUCUCAAACCGUCCAAUGGCGAGUGGUGCAUCCCAAAUACUAGCGUGACCCUUAGUUAUUCUGCAAAAGUUCCUAAUUGCCGCCUUCAAGCCCUGAAGGUGUCACUUAAUGAUGUGAAGAACCAGCUCAGUGAUAAGAACCUCCAAGUCUGGCAUGAGCACACCAACUCUACUAACCGGGCCGGUAAGGUCAUUGCCACCGUGCGAUCCACUGCCAACGUGGAAAUCUGCACUCAGGCAUGGUGCAAGUUCUAUGAGGUCCUUGGAACCUUCCGUCUUCUUCCUGAGGUGGCGCUCCACUCUGGGGAGCUAAACACGGUUCACCUGUGUGAAGCGCCCGGGGCUUUCAUUAGCGCCCUGAACCACUACAUCAAAACCAGCGAGUCCACACGCUACUGUGACUGGAGCUGGGCCGCCAACACGCUCAACCCCUACCACGAGGCCAAUGCGGGGGGCACAACCAUCACAGAUGAUCGGUUGAUUGCCAACACUCUGCCAUGGUGGUUCUUUGGCUCGGAUAACACGGGUGACAUCAUGGUCCAGAAGCAUCUUCUGGAGUUGCAGACAUUUGUAGCAAACAUGCAUAGAGUUGAUUUGGUGACGGCAGAUGGUAGUAUUAACUGUCAGGAGAACCCCGAUGAGCAAGAGGCGCUGGUGGCCCCACUGCAUUACUGCGAGGUCACGGCCGCUUUGCUGCUCCUGAGCCCUGGUGGCUCCUUUGUGGUCAAAAUGUUCACUCUGUUUGAGCAUUCUUCAAUCUGCUUGCUCUACCUGCUCAACUGCUGUUUCUGCUAUGUCAGCGUCUUCAAACCUGCUACCAGCAAAGCGGGGAACUCAGAAGUUUACGUUGUGUGCCUUGACUAUCACAGCAAAGAAGCUGUGAGGCCCCUGCUCUCCAAACUCAUUCGGAAUUACGGACCACAUCUGGCGGGGCGAGAUGCGCUUUUCCCAGAAUCUUCAAUUCCACCGUCAUUCCUUACACAGCACGAGGAGAUGUGCACGUACUUUCACUCUCUGCAGGUGGAGACCAUCACAGAAAACUUGAGGUUGUUUGAAGGAGUGAGCACAGAGCAGAGGGAGAGGCUCAACUACAUCAGGGAUUGUACGGCUCAGGAAUACCUGCAGCGAUUCCAGGUGACUUUCCUCCCUCGAAGUCGGUGGAUCUCCCGUAACACCAUCAGACCUGCCUGCUGCCGUGUUUCUGCAGACAGCCUUCUGGGACAGAAGAAGCAAACAGGCUCCUUCAAUGAGCGGAGGGAAUUGCAGACCCUGAGCUGGAGGGAGCGUGUGGAGAGGGGUUGCCAUGCCAGCUGGAUACAGCAACACGGCGGUGCAACUGAUGGGCCGCCCUGCGUGCUGCAAGGACCACUGGUCAGCUCUCACGUGGAUUCCUGGUACGUUAUUGAGGGUGCAGCACUGCCUGCUGUCAAAAACUCUCCAUUCUGUGCUACAGUCUUGUUGAAUCACUUGAAUGAAACACUGGUGGCCUCAGCUGGGAAUGUAACAGUGGACUUGAAUCAUCUGCCUCCAUGUAAAUCAUGCCACACGGUUAAUGCCGCUUCCAUCUUGUCGGACGUGGCAGGUCUUUGUACUGACAAUGAAAGGAACAAAAAGAAAAGGCACUGUCUGGUGUUUGGCAGCCGCUCAGUUUGGGAAGCUUGUGGCAUCUGUAAUGGGGAUUUGGUCCUAAUGUUUCCAUCGGAGUGUUCGAAUCCUCAAGGAAGUUACAGCGUACUGCAUGACGCCGCACCCCAGUACCAGCAUCAGCUCGUUAGCUGCAUUGUAUUGUCACUGCAGAGGCUGACGUCUGGGGAUGCACUGCUGCUGCCUGUGUCGUCUGCACUCAGCCGUGUCUCAGCUGCGCUGUUGCUCUGCUUGCACGCCUGUUUUCGCUUAGUGACAUUCAGGUGCCCACCCCCUUCCGGCCUGGUCGGAGCGGUCCUUGUCUGCGUGGGCUUUUGCCCCCAAGCUGCAAGCCAUAUACUCCCAGCGCUGACUGAUGUCCAUAACCGUAUUAGUGGGCAGCUAAAAGGAGAGGAUACAGAUGAAAGACAGUCGGGGGGUGACACUCAGGUGCUCCAAUUUGUGCCCAUGGAGGAAAUGCUCACUGGAGGAGUGACCGACUUCUUGUGGACUAUGAACUCUGAAAUCAUUCGACAUAGGUUGCAUUUGCUCAUGCAGGCAAAGGACGGACUUUAAAAUGCCAUGUUUUUUUAUUUUUGAUCACAAAAUAAUUUUUGUGGAGACUAUUUUAAUACUACUUUUGCAGAUUUAGGCUUAGUCCAUAAUCGACAUACAGUGAAACCUCUAGGCCAGAAACAAUCAAUUGUAAAAGUUAAAGAGGGGCGACAUGGCCUAAAAUCUAUAUCGCAAUAUAUAUUGCAGCCUCCUGUGAUAACCAUUUACAUCACAGUAUAUUAUUUGGUAUGUACAUGAUAAUAGAACCAAUUGUAAAAUGGGUUAUAAAGGCUCCUAAUUUGGCUUGAUGUAUGAGGUAACAUUUUGUGUCAUUUCCAGUUGUAUUAGUUUCUCAAAGCUAUUAUUAUUCUACCUGUUAAUAUCUGGUUACUUCCUGUCGUAACAUGGUUCUAUCUACACUUCUGUUAAAAUGUAAUACGCACUCAUUAUUCUGUUUAGUUUUGGGUGGUACUACCAAUUUGUAGUAGUUACAGGGGCAGUAUUGUCUAUAUCAAGGCUAAUACUGAUCAUUACAAUAUUCAAGAUCAUUAAAUGAUUACAUUUUUGAUCCUAAUUAUAAUCAGACAAAAACAGGAUGGUGGCGUAACAAUAUAAUUGAAAUUAGGGCUGCAACUAACGAUUAAUUUGAUAAUCGAUUAAUCUGUCGAUUAUUACUUCGAUUAAUAAUCGGAUAAAAGAGACAAACUGCAUUUCUAUCCUUUCCAGUGUUUUCUUGAAAACCCCCCCCAGCAUACUGGCACCAUACUUAUUUUGAUUAUUGUUUCUCAGCUGUUUGUACAUGUUGCAGUUUAUAAAUAAAGAUUUAUAUAAAAAAAAAAAAAAUUGCCUCUGCGCAUAGCAUAGCAUAGAUCCAACGAAUCAAUGACUAAAUUAAUCACCAACUAUUUUUAUAAUCGAUUUUAAUCGAUUAGUUGUUGCAGCCUUAAUUGAAAUAUUUAAAUUGUUUCCAUCUUUUGCCUCUGAUUUAAACAAUUAGUUUUUUUUUGGUUUUAAAGUCCUCCUGUGUACAGGGACUUAUUUUCUGAGUUUGUGAACAAUAACAAAAAUGACAAAACAUUUUGUGAUGAUAAAAGAUAUCCAUCAAAUCACUGUAGUAUCGACCAUAUACUGAUACUGGGUAUCGUUACUACCGGUAUUUAUAUUGAUUCGCCCACCUUUGCUUACGCUCAAGAGCUCCAGUUUAGCGGUUAGCAUGGCUUAUUGUAUCCUCCUACGCUGUGUAGGUUAGCAUGUUCAGCUAUUCCUUGUCUUCCAGUGAUAAUAGUACUUGGAAUAAACAUAGUUUAAUUGCUACCAUGGAGGCGAAGAUUACCUACUUAAAAGCAGCUUUGCACUGGAAGGAAGUUAUCCGCCAGCGCCACAGUGCUUUGAGGAAGCGGUCGUUCUCCUGAGCUGCCAAAUUUGUGGCAUGUGUCAUCAACAUGCAUUUUCACGAUAUGACGAUGGUAUUAAAAGCUCUAUCGUCGGCCAAAUUUAUAUCAUUUAUAUUGUCUAUGUCGCGCAACCCUAAUGGAAAUAUCAACUUAAACUGUUCCCGAGUUUAACUGUCCCGAUAUUAUAACCUUUAACUGUAAAAACAAUAUUUAAAGUUACAUUUUAAAAUUCUUUACAAUAAACAAGUGUGAAAUUGGGCAAACACCAUAUAUGGUAGUGUAUUGUAUAAAAAUAAACCUAACUUUAUAAAUUUGGCACACUUAAGUUUGAAUUGAAAUUCAGUUUUCUUACUUUGAAUGUGCGUAUUUUCUUCAUCUCCUCAAGGUCUUCACCUAAAAUCAUUUGCUGAAACUACUCCUAAUUUGGGAAUAAGUGUCGGAAGAAAGUCACAUAAAUCAAAAGCAAAACAAUGCUGAGUUUAGGAGUCAUACUUUGCCUCAAUGUGUUUGAUUGAAGUCCAAACUGUUAGUGCUCAUGUGCAAUUGACUUUAGAGGUUCUACUGUGUUACUGUGUAUUUUUAAACAGACUUUUUAUUGUUUUGUUUUUUUUAACUUAAGUUGAUGUCAUGAAAAACCAUAUGUGGGUUACUACUAAUGAUCAAAAUGAACAAUUUGGGUUACAGAUAUGCAAGAUUCAAUAGCAAUAUUGUUGCAAUUGUGUUUGGAUAAAGAUUAAUAAAAAAACUCUUAUACAUUGUGAGUAUUAUUAUACGUUUAUUAUUAUUAGUAGUAUUUGUUGUUUUCCAUCAGUUCCUUGUUUUGUUCAAAAACUGCCAUGAGUAUUAUUUCUAAAAUACACGUCCAAAAACAGCUUAAACAAAAGACCCUAUUGACUCGAAUACAAGACCCCUCUUUUAAGAUCCAUUUUGGGAAAGACAUUUAAGACAAGAUUUUGAUUUGCAAUAAAGAAGAUAGCACAUUUUGUACCUGCUUGCUUAAUUGAUCACUAUUAUCCUGGAGUUAGCGUUAUAACUCUUGUGCGCGUGUGAUAAAAGUUUCUUCCAUCAGAACUCAUGCAAAAAUAUAUUCACUGAAGGCUUUUAGGGAAGAU